AUGCCUCCUACGACUAGGCGCCCGGAUUUCCCGGAGCGUCGCCGGGUGAUCUGCUACCACCAAACCAUCCGACCAAACCGGGGCGACUAUGUGUCCAUGCGGCCGCUGCUGGACAACAACACGGGCGUGACGCAUAUAAUCAUUGCGGCGAUUCAUCUGAACGCCCAGCCCGGCCAUAUCACGCUCAACGACGACCCGCCCGACAACCCGGUCUUUGACCCCCUGUGGGAGGAAGUACCCAUCGUGCAGCGCGCGGGUGUCAAGGUCAUGGGCAUGCUGGGCGGCGCGGCCCGCGGGACCUACGCCCGGCUGGAUGGUCCGCUCGCCCAGUUUGAGAGCUUCUACGGACCUCUCCUGGAGAUGGUCCGCCGGCACGGGCUGGACGGGCUCGACCUCGAUGUCGAGGAGCACAUGUCUCUGCAGGGGAUCAUCCGGUUGAUCGACCGCCUGAAGGCCGACAUGGGCGACGCGUUCAUCAUCACGCUGACCCCCGUCGCCGCCGCCCUGCUGGGCAUGGGCAACCUCUCCGGCUUCGACUACCGCGAACUGGAGCAGGCCCGCAGCGCCAAGAUCGACUGGUACAACGCCCAGUUCUACAACGGCUGGGGCCCCGCCGAGGACCCGCGCAUGUACGCCGCCAUCGUAGCCCAGGGCUGGUCCGCCCAGCGUGUCGUCUACGGCCUGCUCACCAACCCGGGCAACGGCUCGCAGGGGUACGUUCCGCGCGAGAAGAUCGGGCCCAUCCUCGCCCUGCUGGUCGAGCAAUUCCCCAACUUCGGCGGCGUCAUGGGAUGGGAAUAUUUCAACGCCUUGCCUGGUUCGCGCGAGAAGCCGUGGGAAUGGGCUGCCGAGAUGUCCAUGAGCAUGAACAUGAAGGAUGUCGCGGUCACGGCGCGCGAGCUUCUCACCCCUAACUCCAUGGCAAACAAUCUGGUGAGCGCCUUCAGAGACAUGAUGAAUAGGAGGUAG